AUGCAGACGAAAGCUUUCCUUCUUAUCCUCAGUUUGGUGGCAAUGUCGUUCCACUUUCACAUGAGGUACGUGCAUGCCUAAUGUGCUUUCACGAAAAUUGACCCUGCUAUAGUAACGCAAACAUGUUUCGUUUGUGAUUUUAUGGAAUAUCUAACAGGCGGACAGAUACGGUUCUUUUAAUUUUGAUGUAAAUAUUCGUAGAAAUAGUCCUUAUAACAGAAAAAUGUCAACUGUUAAUAUUUUUUUGAAUAAAAUCCCUACCUUAUAAGCAAAAUGUGGAACCUCCUCAGUAGAUCCAUAUGCAAGAUGUUCUGGCUUACAAAAUAAGUGAGCAGCGUAAAUUGAUCUUCUUUCUACGAGAAUGUUCUCUGAAAAUACGAAAAUUUGACAACCAACUGCAUUCAAAUUAAAAACAAUAUAUUAUAUUAACCGUUCGAAUGCUAAGUCAAUACUUAACAUCACUCUUGGAAAACGACAAACUUGAAGACAUCAUAGAGUAUUUCUUACAUUGCCCGAAGAAGUACUCCAUAAUUCCCCAGAAAAUGACGGUUUAAUAAAGGCAAACGAACUUCAAACAACGCCGUUUUAUGUUAUAAUUAAUGAAUUAGUGAUAAUGAUUGUUAGACAAAGUGUCACAGCAGUAACGUUAUCUUGCAGUAGAGGAAACUCAUUGUGUACUUGGAGCCAACGAAUAAUUCCGAAGAAUGCCACUGGAGACAUAACGUUGGAGGUACCGAUAGUGGAAAGUUAUGAGGUGAGUUGGAUAUUUUUGUAUUAUGAUUUGCCACGACAUUUGUCUGAUAAUGCAAAUUACACGUGACACUUUGGACAACUGUUUCAUAAGUGAUUCCAUAGUCUGCUUGUGUAUCUUAAAGGAAGGAUAUAUUGGAAAUGAAAAAUUCUGGACAUAUAUAUGGGCGAAAGGAUGGUGUUCGUACAGUGAAGGAUACUUCCGUUGUCCCUACACUCGACGUACGAUUACUUUUAAUCUUUAAAUCCUAUAAACAACUGCCCUUCUUUGAAAAUCUCCUUUUACGUCUUAACCUUUAUUGAUUCGCAUCAGAAGCAGUGGACUAAGAAAAUAUACAUUUUUUCAAAUUUUAUAUCGCAUGCACUUUCUCCGCGAACGUCACGGUGGCCUGCAUUCAGACAGACAAUCUCUGCGCUAAACUUUCCUUUUAGAUGAUGAUUAUUAUUCGACAAGCCUAACUGUACCGAGCGUUGAGAAAAUUUCCUAUGCCGUGCUAGCAAGCGAAUAUCCAAUUUCCAUUCAUAAAGCUGAGGAUGAGAGUAUCCGUACGUUUACCUAUGCCACACCCCGUCAAAGUCCUUCUUCCCUGAAAAUCCUGUACGUUUUCUCAAACAAAAAUUGACCUUCAAUUUCUAACCAAAACAUUCCAUUUUAGCUGGCUUUUAUGUGAAAGAGGGCACAAGGCUCGAUAUCUGUGCAAACAGCAAAACGGUCUACCUAAACUUUACCCUCAAUGGCCAAGUAUCGGACUUAGACAAUGUGAGACAGGCUUAA